GUUCUAAACUGUACAAAUAUUCUUGUUAUAUACAUUGUCCACAAUUCCCCUCUCUCUCUCUUAUGUACAUUCUUGGUAUUUGCAUGACAAACUUGCUUUAUACACUUCAGCUUUGGCCUUAGCCUUGCUUUAUCUUUUUUACUUACAUAUUCCCCACCACAUUUACAGAUCAUAUCACAACCUCCACUCUCUCUAUUUUCAUAUUCUUUUUCACCUUGAUAUUAAUUUCAGGCCUUUGGGGUUUCAAUUAUUUUCAAAAAAAUUAGUAAGAAAUUAUACCAAUGUUAUAAUGAGUAUUUUAACAAGAGCCCCAAAGAAUUCUUGGCAGCCAGUAAUGACUGUUAGUACAACAGUUUCUAGUUACUGGCUUAAUUGGAGGUUUUUGCUAUGUUGCAUUUGGGUUUUAGCUUCAAUGGUGUUUGCAGCAAUCCUUAUAACUAAGUAUGAAGGUCCUCGAAUUCGAAAAAAUGGAAGCAGUGAACCUAAAAAAGAGUCCCCUGGCUUAUUGUAUCAAGAUGAAGUUUGGAGGCCAUGUCUCAAAACUAUACACCCUGCUUGGCUUCUUGCAUUCAGAGUCUUUGCCUUCUUGAUUCUUCUCUUGUUGCUAAUCCUUAAUGUUACCGUUGAUGGAGGCGAAAUUUUUUACUAUUACACUCAGUGGACAUUCACACUAAUUACUAUUUAUUUCGCGAUCGGGUCUGUUCUGUCAAUGUAUGGAUGUUACAAGUCUCACAACAAAGUUGGUAUUGAUGGAACUGAUAUUGAGAGGUUAGAUACUGAGUAUGGUUCACAAAGUACAAUUGCUGCAAAACAUAUGGUGGAAAAUGCAGAACAGCCUUCUCGCCAAACUGCUGAGUUUUGGGAAUAUGCCUUUCAAAUAAUCUUCCAGAUGAUUGCAGGGGCUGUAACGCUUACAGAUUGUGUUUUCUGGUUCCUACUUGUCCCGUAUCUGACCGUUAAAGGCUACAAGUUAAAUUUUUGGAUUAUUAAUAUGCAUUCAGUCAAUGUUAUAUUUCUACUUGGUGAUACUGCUCUGAAUUGCUUGCGAUUCCCGUGGUUUCGGAUUGGAUACUUCUUCCUGUGGACAGGAAUUUAUGUUAUUUUCCAAUGGGCUGUUCAUGCUUGCAUCUCAAUCUGGUGGCCUUAUCCAUUCCUUGAUCUAUCAUCUGCAUUAUCACCUUUGUGGUAUUUGUUGGUGGCAUUUAUGCACAUACCGUGUUAUGGUAUUUUUGUUUUGGUUAUAAAGCUGAAACACCAUUUGUUCACGAAGUGGUUUCCUCAGUCGUAUCAGUGUGCAAGAUGAUACAACAACAUCCACGCCUCAAUCCUGACAAAGUCGGGAUCCGCUAUAUGAAUCCUCACUAUCCAAGGCCAAAUAAGGAUUUUCAGCUUUCAAGACGGCAAUACUAAGGAAAAACAAUUCUAAAUAUGGCAGAGGAUAUGACAGAAGUUCGUGUUUUGAACACCAAACUUGGAUCUUUGGUCCUUUUUCUGGAAGGAACGACUGAAUGGAAAAACAAAAAAUUUUAUGUAGCAAAGUAGCUGUGAAUCUUUAGAAGUUAGACAAGAAAAUAUAGGGACUUGAACUUCUGGUUUGCUAGAUGUCCAUCUUGGGUUACUAUUUAAACAGAGAUUUGUUGGUCAUUUAACUUAUUGUUGAGCUCUUACUUGCAAUGUGUACAGAUGAUUGAAAAUAUAGUAUUCAAUUUGAAUUAUAAGCAUUUCUUUUC